CUGGUUGAUUAUUAACUGACAAAACAGGCGACAGGUUUAAAGUCCAGCUGAGUGUCCACAUAACUGAUAACUGUGUGUACGGAGUACACACAGUACACACAGUUACACAUUCUACUUCCUGUUUACAGAUCAGCUGAUAGUGACGAUGUUUCUCAGGUGUAAAUGAGUCAGCGAGGUGAAAACAGUGAUGAGUCUCUUGUAGAGUGAAACGUUGAAUCAGCAGAAAAGAGUCCUUCAUGUUAGAAAGUCAAAUCCUCGACAAUUAAAAGUUAAAAAGUUAAAAUUAAAAAAGCAAAAAUUAAUAAAUACUGUAAAGUUUGUGAAUUAACCUGCUGCAUCUUUUAACUCUAUUCUGUCUGAUGGGUAUCAUUAGUGUUUUAUCAAUACUCUUAUCAAUACUAGGACUCUUAUUGGUUCUUUUUGAUUAUUUUGUGAGAAAAAAAGACAAUUUAUUCAGAAAAGAAUCCACAUUGUUUUAUUAUUCUUGAAUAUAAACAAAUAGUCUUUAUUGAGCAGCAACACCAGGAAACAAGAAGAAGGAAACAAGAAAUAGCAAGAAACACAACGCAAGUUCUAAAAUCUUUAAACUAUUCUCAUCCAAUCAAUAAUCUCAGUGAUUAUCUUUCAUUGAUGAUCCUGUGUUUCUGAUUAAACUCUGUAUGACAUCACUAACAUAUGACAUCACCACCGUUACCUGAUGGCUGCUCCACAAACAGGUUGAUUUUCUGCUUGUUGGUCACUUGUUGUGAUAAACUUACUUGUGAGGUGUGUUGCUAAGUUCACCUGGUGUGUUUUCUUUCUCCUGCAGGUCACGUGACUUCUCGUGGAGGCGGGGUUUGUUCCAGCAGUCAGGAGGUCUGAGGAAGAGGUUGAAGGUAAUCAUGGGAGAUGGAGGACCCCUGCAGACCGAGGGUAACGCCCUCCUCAAGGCCGUCUUCCAGGGAAAGCUGCGGUUGACCCGCCUGCUGCUGGAGGGCGGAGCUUACAUCAACGAGGGCAACGAGCGCGGAGAGACGCCCUUGUCCACCGCCUGCCUGGCGGCCUACGACGACCCGCAGACCCGGCAGAGGAUGGUGAGGUACCUGCUGGAGAAAGGCGCCGACCCCAACAUCCCCGACAAGAGCGGCAGGACGGCGCUGAUGCAUGCCUGUGCCGAACAGGCGGGGAAGGAGGUGGUAUCGCUCCUGCUGGAGAAUGGAGCCGACCCGAGCCUCAAGGACUACUCUGGCUCCUCCGCCCUCGUCCACUCCAUCAACAAGGGGGACCGCGACACCCUGCAGGUGCUGCUGGAUGCCUGCAAGGCCAAAGGCAAGGAGGUGAUCAUCAUCACCACCGACACGUCUCCCUCCGGCACCAAGAAGACCAAGCAGUACCUCAACGCACCCCCGUCGCCGUGCAUCAAGGGCAAACUGUCGGCUUGCAUGUCCCCUUCCGAGGUGGAGAUCGGCACCUCCUCCUCGCCGGCGGAAGACCCGAGCAAAAACCAGGUGGAGCGGAUCUUCAACUUCGCACUCACCUCGGCUUUGCCGUUACCUUCGGCUCAACCUCCGGGAGAAAAGAGGCCACCGCCGCGCAAGCUCCUGAAGAGGCUGAACUCGGAGCCCUGGGGCCUGGUGGCGCCCUCGGUCCUGAGCGGCGUCCCUCAGGAGAGGGUGGACAGCGGUCUACAGGAGGAGGGGGGAUGGGACCUGAGCAGGACUAUCGCUGAGAUCAACGGCCUGUCCAUCGCCGAGCAGCAAGGGAGACCUCUGUUGUCGCGGCGACACAGCAUUGAGACCCACGACCCUUGCUCCCCAAAACUAAUCGACCGGUCCUGCUCCGAGGACUACGUGGCACUCUCUGGUUCCUCCUGGGCCGACAAAGUCCAGCAGCAUCAGAUCCUGUACCGCAGGAACACAGCGCCAGAGUCCGAGGAGAACGCCGGGGCGGUCGCGACUCGCGCCCUGGCUCACCCGAAACUGACCCGGAUGGAGCACUACGAGUCGGACACUCACCUUUGCCCAGAGUCCAUCCCCGGUUCUCCGGACUCUGGUCGGGUGUCCGUGGAGCGGAGGAGGUACAAUGCCUCCCCCUUGUCCCUGGUCACCAGCUCCUCCAGGGAGUCUCUGGAGAAUAUCCCCAACUCGGUGUCCCCCAUCACGGUGCGCAGGCGACCCCCGGGGCUGCUGGAGCGCCGGGGGUCUGGGACCCUCCUCCUGGACCACAUCUCCCACACCAGACCCGGUUUCCUGCCGCCGCUCAACAUCAACCCCCAGAGACCCAUACCCGACAUCCGGGCCAACGGCAAGCCCACAUCGCCUGUCCACAAGAUCCUGGUCCCUGUGGCCCCCACCUCGCCCAAACGGGGCCCCGACUUCAAGACGAAGAAGAAGCUGAUGAGGAGGCACUCGAUGCAGACGGAGCAGAUGAAGCAGCUCUCCACCUUCCAGGAGAUUCUGGCCGAGAAGGUCGUGGAGUCCCACGGGGAUUGAUGACGGGGAGGAGCAAAGCAUGAUGGGAUAUAGCUUGCAGAGACUUUUUUUUUAAGGGUGGUGAUUUACUGUGAAGCUUAUCCAUCAGAUAAUUUUAAAAGCCACGUCCUGGUCUUCAUGAAGGGCUGCACCAACGAGGAGGUUAUUCAAACAGAGAAAUAGGGUUCAAUUAGAGUUUUUAAAGUUUUAAAUUUGAGUCACAAUUUUAAAUUAGGACCUCUGGUUCUGAGGUUAACAAUCAAAUAUAACUGUUAAAGAAUCUGUUUCAACAAUGCUGACUUUUAAAGCGUCACUCUUCUGUACUCUUAGAGUCCCCCCAGAGACCAGACCGAACCUUUUCAGCUGACUCAGCAAUUCUAGAUUCUAAACGAGAACCAAUCACGGCUCAAAACAACUUAAAAUCAACCUUCAGAGAAGACCAACACAUCCAGCAUUCCUUUAUUUCCUCUUAUUUCCUAAAAAGCUGAACGUCUUUCAGAUCAAUAAGAGAAGUCGUUGCAGCUCUCCAGUUUUCCAGGAAGCUUCUUUUCCGGGUCAACGAUCGGUUUACAAAAACAUUCCUGAUGCUUCCUCAUCAUUAAACUAUAAAAAAGAAGAUAUAUAACCUGACUUGUUUGAUGUUUACAGAUGCACAAUUUUGCACUGAGGUCCAUUUUUUUUCUCACGGUGACGAAUGAAAAACAUGAACCUUCUUCUGGACCUGAAGUUCAACCUGAAGAUGGAACUCUUGAAAACAAACUGUCAUCUUCUCAUUAAUGAAGCUAACAUAUUUAUAUUUUAAUUGAUAAGCUCCUGUUCUGAUUGAAGAAUGUGACGACGUGUGAAACUACCUACUGCGCUGUAUGUGCUCUACUUAAUCCACUAUUUCAGUGUAAAUGAUGCAGAGUUCCUCUGAAUGAAUCCUCUUCAUUUUACUGUUGAGAGGGACGUUUGAAAUGUCCACCCUGGCGAUGUUUCCGUACUUUAACCGGGGUGAUGUUUUGAUCUGAUUUGUUAUUGAGAUAAACUUAAAAUGGUUUUCUUCUUCGUAAAAUUCCAAAGAAGUCGUGUGGACGAUGUGAACCAAAACCUGCUGAGACUGUAAAUACUGUAAAGUUGAGCCUGUAUUGUAAUGUCAAUGCUGAAGCACUUCAUCUGGUUGGACUCAAGGGGGCGCCGAAGGACACUUAAAGGAACAGUCCCAUGUUUUUAUUUUCUGUUUCCAGAACAGAAAUAAUGAUGCAUAAAGACCUACAGGUGCUAUAUA